CGCCCCGCCCCCGGCCCGCCCCGCCGGCCUCCCAGGCGGCCCUGUCAGAGUGCGGCGGCGGGUGGCGCGGGGCUGGUCCUUGCAGCCGGCGAGGAGGCUCGCGCGGCACACCCCCGUCGGUCGGCGCCUCUCUUCAGCGCGCGCGGACAUGGCCCAGGCAGCGGCGGGCUGCCCCAGCGCCCGCGGCUCCGGGGACGGCGAGACGGGCAAGCCCAGGAAGGUGGCGCUCAUCACGGGCAUCACGGGCCAGGACGGCUCCUACUUGGCCGAGUUCCUGCUGGAGAAGGGCUACGAGGUCCAUGGAAUUGUACGGCGAUCCAGUUCAUUCAAUACUGGUCGAAUUGAACAUCUGUAUAAGAACCCCCAGGCUCAUAUUGAAGGAAACAUGAAACUGCACUAUGGUGACCUCACCGACAGUACCUGCCUCGUAAAGAUCAUCAAUGAAGUGAAGCCGACCGAGAUCUACAACCUCGGAGCCCAGAGCCACGUCAAGAUUUCUUUUGACCUGGCUGAAUAUACUGCGGACGUCGAUGGGGUCGGCACCUUACGGCUUCUGGAUGCAGUGAAGACCUGUGGCCUUAUCAACUCUGUGAAGUUCUACCAAGCCUCAACAAGCGAGCUUUACGGGAAAGUGCAGGAAAUACCGCAGAAGGAGACCACCCCUUUCUACCCGCGCUCGCCGUACGGGGCAGCAAAGCUCUAUGCCUAUUGGAUUGUGGUGAACUUCCGGGAGGCGUAUAAUCUGUUUGCAGUGAACGGCAUCCUCUUCAAUCAUGAGAGCCCCAGGAGAGGAGCUAAUUUUGUUACUCGAAAAAUUAGCCGGUCAGUAGCUAAGAUUUACCUUGGACAACUGGAAUGUUUCAGCUUGGGGAAUCUGGACGCCAAACGAGAUUGGGGCCACGCCAAGGACUACGUGGAGGCCAUGUGGCUGAUGCUGCAGAAUGAUGAACCCGAGGACUUUGUCAUAGCCACGGGGGAGGUCCACAGCGUCCGGGAAUUCGUAGAGAAGUCGUUUCUGCACAUCGGAAAAACCAUCGUGUGGGAAGGAGAGAAUGAAAAUGAAGUGGGCAGGUGCAAAGAGACCGGCAAAGUUCACGUGACCGUGGAUCUCAAGUACUACCGACCAACUGAAGUGGACUUUCUGCAGGGAGACUGCACCAAAGCCAAGCAGAAGCUCAGCUGGAAGCCCCGGGUCGCCUUUGAUGAGCUCGUGAGGGAGAUGGUGGACGCCGACGUGGAGCUCAUGAGUACCAACCCCAACGCCUGAGCGCCCAGCGGUGCCUGCGCCCCGCGCCCGGACCCGCGCCCGCGCCUGGGCCGCCGAGGUUUGCAGCAGCCGGGAUGGGCUCCGGCGGCGCCCACUCUACUUUUGGCCAGGCCUCCUCUGAUCGGUUUUGGUAAUCAGGAUGUUUUAAUCACAUAUUCACUUUCCUUGAAAUUAUGUCGCUAGACUACUGAAAUUGUGGGGCUUUCAAAUGGUUUUUCUCUUUUCUUAUUAAAAAUAUCCUUUCUCUUAACCUGCA